CAACGACAACCCGCAACCCCGCGACUUUGAGGGCGCGGUCUCACGAUGCCACCACGACGCAGGGCCGGGGGAGCAGCCGAGGCGGGCGCAUCAUCAUCAACAUCGGGCGCAAAAGGAGGUGGUGCGCGCCAGUCCAGGCUCGCCAAGGAGCACGACAUCACUGCGCAAGAGGAGGCUGAGAUCAAGGAAGCCUUUGCGCUGUUCUCAGAACCGAGCCAGGGCGAGAAAGAAGGUCUCAUACCUAUUGGUGAUGUGAGGAGGGCCAUGAUAGCCCUCGACAUCCCGCCCAAAGACAAGCACGAGCUCGCCGAGUUCACCUCGAUCCUCGACCCGGACGACGAAGGAUACGCCAACUACCCCUCCUUCGUGGCGAUCUGCGCCCUCAAGUUCCACGCGCGCGACCACGGUGCCGGCGCGCACGCCCGCGAGGUCGACGAGGCCUUUGGUCUGUUCACGGGCACCGACGAGGACGGGGCGCCGCUGAGCACUGCCAUCACACUGGCGCACCUGCGGCGGGUCGCGGUGCUGCUGAAGGAGGAGACGGCGGACGAUGAUUUGCUUCGGGAUAUGAUACUUGAGGCGAAUGGGGGGUCGGGCGUGGGGAAAGGCGUGCGGAAGGGGGACUUUGAGAAUGUGAUGAAGAGGGCGGGGGUUUGGAGGUGAUAAAAAAGAUGGAAGGAGAGAGAAAGAUAGUGGGCGUUAAGAGGUGUAUGUAUGGCCGUAUAGGCCACGAGACUCAGUCGAGGAUGAUCGGAUGACUUCUCUCGAUAUGGAAGACUGGGCAUGACGAAUUUACGGAAAACAACAUGCAGACAGGUUAUUCUCUGUCCAUGCAUUGAUGCUGGACAAUGCGCUUGAGUCGAAACUCGGUCUAAGCUACAUUGGAGAUUGGUUCUGGGUUAGUAGCCCUUAAAAAUGGAGCAGAUUCCUC